CAUCGCCCCGCGAACCUGCCUCGGCGAACGCUCACACCCGGACGACCACGCCGCCUGAACAUGAGCAGCGACCGAGACCUAGAGUCUGAGGAAGAAUUCACCGCAGCUACCGUUGGGAAAAAGAGAUCGCAUGACGAUGUGGUAGAGGACGAUGAUCGGCUCUUUGAGGACAACGAUGAUGACGAUGACGAUGGCGCCGACAGAGAUCGAGCCGACGAGGACGAGGAAGACGAGGACGAGGACGAGGAAGAAGAACGUAGCUCUUCGAGGAAAAAUAAGCGUCGAAAGCCAGCUGGAUCUCGAUUCAUCGACUUUGAAGUCGACGUUGACGAUGAAUCUGAUGAACCGGACGACGAAGCUGAGGAUGAAGAUGAGGCCGAGGAAGGCUUUGAUGAGCACUACAAUGCAUCCGAGUACUAUAACAGCGCUCAACACCAGAGGCUUGAUCUUGAUCGCGAGCGCGACAGUUCAAAGCCAGCCGAAGACAUUGCCGCUGCCAUGGACGAGCGUCACAGAGUCUCGUACAGACCCUCCCGAGCCGACUUUGAAUAUGUACCCCAGUCACUUCUGAUUCCCUCUGUCAAUGAUCCGAAGCUCUGGCUUGUCCGCUGUAAGCCCGGCAAAGAACGGGAUAUUGUCCAAAACCUGAUGCGCAAAUACAUUAGCCUCCAAGAAACAUCGGCGGCUCUCAAGAUCAAGUCGGCAUUCUGCCGCGAUUCGCUUAGUGGCUACGUUUAUAUCGAAUCCGAAAAACAGGCGUACGUGUCUGAAGCUCUCGACAAAAUGAACAACGUGUAUAUCUCGCGACUCAAGCUCGUCCCGGUGAACGAAAUGGCGGACUGCUUGAGCACCAAAGUAAAGGACAUCAAUCUGAAAGAGGGUGCUUGGGUCCGCAUCAAGCGAGGAAAGUAUGGCGGGGAUCUUGCACAGGUCAUGAAGAUUCUGGAUUCGCGAGAGACGGUCGUGGAGGUUAAGUUGAUUCCGCGGCCUGAGCUGUCCGGAUCAGCCAAGUACGAUCAAAACCAUCUCGAUGAUCUUGACACGAAGCAUAAAAAGCCCAACAAACAAAACACCAUCGUUCCUCCCCAGAGAUUUUUCAAUCCCGCAGAGCAUCGGGGCACUGAACCCAUCUCAGGGCAAGAAUAUAUCAGUUAUCGUGGCGAACUCUAUGAUAGGGACGGCUAUUUAGUGAAGGAAGUCAAGGUCUCCAGUCUGGAAAUUGAAGAAGUCAAUGCUAGCUUGGACGAGAUUACCCGAUUUUCUCGCGGGUUGGUGACCGGGACGAAAGAUGGACUCGCUGGCAUGAGCAUCGCCAAUACAGCCCGAGGUGAUGAUUUUGAAGUUGGUGAGAACGUGGAAGUUAUCCGUGGAGAACUGGUUGGAAUCCCGGGAACAGUCGAGUCGGUCGAGCAUGACAUUGUCACAGUCCAACCGGCCUCAGGAUUUGGUCUUCCGUCCAACUUCAAGCUUUCAGCGAGCUACCUGCGAAAGAAAUUUUCAAACGGUGAACAUGUGUGCGUCAUCAAGGGCAUCCACAAAGAUGAAACUGGAAUGAUCAUUCAGAUGCAAGAGAACGCCGUGCAUAUUUACAACCCGGCGACAAAGAAAACAAUCCAAGUAUUUUCCAAAGACGUACGCUCCGCCAAAGAGUCGUCAACUAGCACCGGUCAGACGUCCCUUUACGACGUUCACGAGUUUGUUAUCCUGUCGCCCACGGAAGCCGGGGUUGUUAUAUCCGUAGACAAGGAAAACUACACCAUCUUGAAUCAGCUUGGAAGCAUCGUCAAAGCCACCGGGCAGCAAAUUCGAAUCCGCCGCAACUCAUCAAGAGCAUACACAGACGAUGCGAACGGAAACUCGGUGACUUCCAAGGACAUGGUCACCUACACCGAUCCCCAAAAUCGCGAGAUCCAGAAGCGAGCAACAAUCUUGCACGUCUACAACGGCUUUGUUUUCUUGACUUCCCGCGAGAUUCUGGAGAAUGGCGGCGUGAUUGUCACGCGAUCCCACAACGUAACUAAGCUCGGGGGCGAAGGCCCGGGUUCAGCCAAGACCAAUCCUAUGGGUCCACCCACCACCCGGGGUGGAUUUGGCCGCGGUCGCGGUGCGCCGAUGCGGGGACGCAGAGAUGCCCUUGUGGCCAAAUCUGGAACCAUCACUCGCGGUCCUUACAAAGGCUAUCUUGGCAUCGUUAAGGACUCGGAUAACGACACCCUCCGAAUCGAGCUACACACCAACAGUCGGGUCGUUACAGUAAAGCGGGACGAGUUCCAAGUUUCGGGCGAGUCGGGCUCUGGUGGAUGGGGCCAGAGCCGGUACAACCGCUUCGAAGAAGGCGGCAUGACACCGCGCGACGAUAGCGGCCGAACACCCAUGUGGGGAUCGCGAACGCCAGCAUAUGAAGGCGGAGGCGGACGCACCCCCGCAGGCGAUAUCGGGGCGAGGACCCCCGCUUGGAAUGCUGGGAGCCGAACGCCGGCUUGGGAUGCUGGAAACCGCACACCGGCCUAUACCGGGAGCCGCAAUUCAGCCUGGGAUACCGAUUCACAAACUCCAAGCUGGAAUGCUGGAGCUCGGACCCCUGCUCGAUCUUGGAACGAACCUGGCCUGCGCGAGAGUGUAGCCACACCCCAGGAUGUGUCGACCCCAUACAACCCUAGCACUCCACACACAUACGCUACCUCGACGCCUGGGGCUGCGCGGACACCAGCCUCUUACCCCAAUCCAGGGAGUGUUCCGGCCACUGGCCACUCAUCCUUCAAUCCGACGACACCCUACAAUCCCUCCACUCCAUUUGCUCCAAGCACCCCGUUUUCGGGCUCCGCUGACUAUGCACAUGACCCAGAUGGAGGUGUCGGUAGUCACGACAACGAUUGGGCCGUCGUCGAUAUCGAGGUCGUUGUCGCUUCGGCCCGUGAAUUCAAGGGUGGAGCCUUGGACGGUAGAACCGGCGCCAUUCGUCGCCUCGAAAGCUCGCGAACAGCUAAGGUGGUGCUGCUGGACCAGGGCACGUCCGAGCUGAUCCCUGUUGAAUACUUGGAGCCUGUUCGACCGGAGAAAAAACAAAUGACCAAGGUCUGCAAUGGCGAAUUCAAGGACGCAAUAGGAACACUCAUUGGCCUCGAUGGAGGCGAUGGCAUCGUGAAGUUUGAGAAUGGUGCAGACUAUAAGAUCUUGUCCAUGCAGAAGCUUGCCAAGUACUGUGGCUAGAGGCUGCGAGUGCAUCUCUUUGCGAUGCAGCGUCUCCCUGGGGACAUGCCGAGACGCUUUGGCAGAUCUCGUUGCGACUGCUGCAAGAAGGGGUCCAAGCACAUCCCCGCUAUCUGAAUGACACAUCAAUCCAUAUUUUCAGGGGAAAUCGGGACACCAAUAUGUUAGCGUAGUAUGAGAUGGCUUGCGUCCAGCCAGGCCACAAGAAAUAACACAGAUCACCUCCGCAGCCUCCAAGUAGAGACCUCCGGUUGCUCUCCGGUGCACCCAGAUCUCGCAGCCGAGAUGGCUCCAGGCACU